AUGCAACAUCCUCAUCGUUUUCUUUUCUUUUUAGAGGAAGUAUCCUUUCGAGAGGCGGUAAUCGUCUUCUCGCUUUGUCCAUUAACAGUUACUUUAAACGCUACCGUUAUACUGGUAAUCUGCAAAGAUCCAUACAAGGAACUCAGGGGAACAGCCGCCAACUUCUUCAUUUUAAACCUUGCUGUAUGUGAUUUACUCAUCGGCUUUCCAGGCGAACUUCUGUUUGGACUUCGUCACUGGUUUCCUGAUAACCCAACGCUGAUACAAGCAGGGUAUUUUAUUAACCACGUAGCGUUUCUUGCGUCGAUUUUAACGAUCCUUGUCCUUGCAGUGGAACGGCUCAUUGUCAUCGUUUUGCCCUUCACAAGAGUCAAACUGACGACUUGUAACAGAUAUCUUUGCUUUAUGGCAAUAUGGUUACUAGCUUUAAUCCUGGCCCUCCCUACCAUUAUACGAUGGGACUUGUAUUUAGAAUCUAUAUCUUGGGGUUUUAACUUGAUCUGCAUCCCUAUAACAAUCUUAGUUUUUAGUUGCUACACGGCGAUUUACGUUCUGGUUAGAAGACAGUUGCAUCUGUAUGUGGCGACUUCGGGAGGAAGGUUAUUAGAAGGACACUAUUUGACAGAAAAUUCUUGCCUCGUGCAAAAACUGAGAAUUAAGGAAAGAAGUGUGGCGUACACAACAUUCAUAUUGGUUUUGGUAUUUAUGGUUUGUUGGGUUCCAUUAUCCAUCGUUGUAAACAUAAAUUCAUGGUGUAGUACUUGUCUUUGCCAAUACAAUUGGCACUAUGUGGUUUGUUUGGUAUUUCUGCACCCACUGCUAAACCCGAUUGCUUACUCAUUAUGUACCGCUAGGUUUCGAAAAGCCUUUAGGAGAGUUAUAAGAAAAAGUACUUUUUGACCAGUUACCAAGACAAUGCAUCCCUAAAAAUGUACGUGCUUUCGAGGAAAGAUCAGCAAGACUGCAAGAUAUGAAAGCAACCUUUUGAUUUUUUUUUCUGUUUGAUUUGCAAAUAGCUAUGGCCUUAUGGAUAGUGUGAUACAAUUCACAAUAAAUAAGUUUUGCCUGCACAUUAAUUAAGUGCCUAGUAAUUUCUUUUCAUACGUUAAUAACUGUCUUCCCGCAUACUAAAGUGCCCAGUGAGCGCCUUCCCUGUACUCUCUACAAUAAAAACAAAAGACCUACAUCAUGAUAGGCUUGACUGAUCUCUUCUAACCCUGAUUUGUUAGUUACUGUAGAAUCUAUUGCUUCUCAAAAAUUUAACGUUUAACUACACGUUUGUGUUUUAUUAAGUGCUAAAAAUCCGUCAUAAGCAAAAGAAAGACAUAGAGUUGAACCUAAACUGAAAGCUUUACUUCAACCAUAUCUUUAAAUUAGUUGUAAAAGACAAGACUCACACAAGAAGUGGAGCUGGAAACUAUUUAUUUCAAUCUUGAUUGGCUAUUGCAAAAUUAACGGUCAGUUUCUCUUUUGUCUCGAUCGAUCGCAUGACUAAAGCUACCUGACUAUUCAGCUAUUUGUUACUAGUACAAUAGUUAACUCUUUUGUUUACGCUCCGAUGAACGCUACCACCGCCCUUAUAAGAGUGCACGAAAAGAAUCCGAAAAGGUUAUAGCGGAGCUCGCAUGCGCUUAGCGGAGUACCAUGGGUAAGAAUUUUGUUAUUUUAGCAUCCAAGAAAUUUUGGUUCUGAGAAAAUCGCCCGUACAAACGUAAGUACGUCCACCCCUUCAUGCAAGACGGGGUGAAAAUUCGCAUUUUAAGCCCCGACGAGUUUGGGCGAUAAAUCGCAUGGCCACCCGGACUUUAAGAGAGAACAAAAAAAAAAAAAAACCAACAACAACAACAAUAACAGAGACGAGUCUUUCUUUCGCGUAAAUUUUAUUGUCUUUAUUGACGUGGAUAACAGAACAGGAACUAGAGCGAGAGAUAAAAAACACGAGAACAUGAAAAUUUUAUAGCGGCGGUAAGAAAAUGAGAAAUGCUAGCGGCCUGUAAGGUGAAAAUGAGCGGCAGAGAAAAAAAAAAUCGAUCAGAAACAAAUACGACAUUUCCCCCACAAAAAGUGUAACUAGGACGUUUUCGGAAAUUUCACGUUGUAGUCGUGCAAAACAACGGCAAAGAUAUUGCAAAAGAAUUGUGCUGCACGCGUACGUGCAAAGUUGUUUUUGUUUUGCUAUUUAGGCCAAUUUUUUUUUCCUGUGUCUUUUUGUUUUUGUUUCGGUUUUUGUUUUGGCCGUUUUCAUUGCUGUCUCCACUAAUCAUUACACGAUUUUAUAUAUUUUUUGAGUAAACUAUAAAUAUUAAUUAGAGCUUCGCAUUUAGCCCUGGCUAAAUGUAUUAUUAUUUAAAAGUACCUGCAAUAUUUUCGUGAAGACAGCAAGCGUGGUGCAGUAUAAAUGAACUUUAGUAUGUUUUCUUUUUCUCAUUUAAGCACUACUUGAAAAAGUUGUGAAGGUCUCUAGCAAGCGCUCUUUCCAACGCGCCGUUUAAGCCAGUUAAUUAUGCUGGCAGAGGAUUCAGGUCAGUUCAGUGUAAAAGAAAUCUAGAUAGUGUGUUCGCUUUUUUUCAUUAAAGGGUUUGUUGAAAUAGUCUUAAUCGUCUGUGUGAGCUCAUUAUUAGCUAGCGCUCGUCCCAUUAACGCGCUGUUACAAGUAAAAAAACGCAAACGACAUUUGCAUACCACUUAGCUCUUCAGUAAGAACCCGUGCACAUCUCUUAAAAACAAAAAUAUUUUAAUCAAUAUAGAGAGCCUAAGAACGAUCAUUUGAAACUCGCGACUGAUAAAUGCUCGUAAUUAAACCAGACAGGUUUCUUAAAACACUAGAGAUAUACUUUACGACGUUUGAACGAAGGUGGUAAUAGGGGUACCCAAUUCUCAGUUAACUACUAAUUUUCGCCCAAAUGUCGGUUAACUGGUAUUUUUUUUCUUUUUUGGGGGGGAGGGGGGGGGGCUAAUUCUCAGUUAACUACUAAUUUUAGUUAACUAUUAACUUUCACUUUCUUAUAGCGAAUGAUAUUCCGUCAUAACCUGUUUGAAUUUUCUUUACUUCAGCACGACAAUUACUUUUGGGGGUGGACCCUACUAAAAUCAAGGUGUAAAUUGCAUGAUUAUCCACACAAGUUCUGCCCCUCGUACAAUUUAUUUACUAGCAAUAGUUCUCACUACAUUUUCCCUCGCCUUAGAUAUGACGUUUAAUAUAUGCAAUAAGUCUUCUAACGUUCAAUACGUUAUCUCUUGAUUUCUUUCACUUUCUUAUAGUGAAUAUUAUUCCGUCAUAACCCGACUGAAUUUUCUUUACUUCAGCACGACAACAACUUUUGGGGGUGGACUCUACUAAAAUCAAGGUAUAAAGUUGAUGAAUCCACAUAAAUUCCGCCCCUAGCUAUAGUAGAAUUCAUUUACUAGCAAUAGUGUCCUCACUAUAUCUUCCCCCGCCUUAGAUAUGACGUUUAUUUUGCAAUAAGUCUUCUAACGUUCAAUACGUAAUCUCUUUCUUUCUAUGCUCGUAGCGGGUUAUGACAUUUUAAAACUUCGCAAAAACGUUAUAGUGAUUAGGGUUAAGCACUGAACAUAGUGACUAGGACUAAGCACGGACUCGAAAUGGCUAUGUAAAACGAAAACAUACCUUCCAGUCGAAUCCACUGUGGUGUAAUGGUAUGGGCGAUAGGUUUCGCUUUCUAGGAUGGCGGGUUCAGAAUCCGCUUAUGCCACAUUCAAUCUCCUUUUUUUUCUUCUAAAACAAGUUAAGGCGACUUAGAGUUCGAAAAUUAGUAGAAAAGUAGAAAUCUGAAGAGCCUCAGAAAUUUCAUGAAAUGUAGCUCAGAGGGGUAAGGUGGUUCUGGGGAAUUGAAUCUAAUGCUGACCUGUCUACGACGUAUUUCCAGAAUUUCGCAAUAGCACUUUGCUCGCUUGCUGAACCAGAAUUACCCAAGACCGACUUGCGCGCAUGCUGAAAAAUUAACCAGGACCACCUUGCGCGCCUAGUUCCUUCAAAUCGAGAUGAUUUCGCAUAUUAGGGACUGUGCAAGAAUCACCUGCAAGGGGGGUCUUAAAUGAGCAAAGUAGGAUUUUAAGUGAAGUUACGCCCCCCUGUACUAGAUGUCAAAUAACUUCUAAUCCCCCCCUUUUAAGAUAAGAUCACUACCAACCAAACGCCCCUCCCCCACCCCUUCACAUCCAAUCUUUUGACAGAAACUUUAUUGCUUACUUUGUAGCUUACUACUGGUAUUUAGAAAAACAUUGCUGAUUUGUUGGAUAACCUGAAUAAAGCAUUGGCAAUGUAUCGUACCUCCUAAAGUAUGGGAUCUAAGACAAAAUUAUCAGUUUCAAGAAAGAAAAAGGAAAAUAGGAAAAAAGCCACAAAACGAAAAACUAAUGCAACAGAACUUCGAAAAAAGAGAGCAGGUGUUAUAUUUCGGUCAUUCAGGGGAAGCCCUGGUGCAAGUGAGUACAGACCUGAUAUCUAUCGGUUCCCACUAGACCAUAUUGAAGAAGAAACUAUCCAAUAUUUACUUCACAAACUUACAAAUCCUGUUUGCGUUAUUUACUUGCAAACAAAUCCUCUAUUGGGAAAGCCAAGGACCUCGUUCACAGCUUUUGUUACUUAUUAGGCCUCAAAUUGUCUUGUUUAGUAAUGUUUGUUUUGCCUGUUUGUAAUUUAUGCCAAACUACAUAUACGUCGUGACGUGUUUGUUCUUGAAUUUUAUUUUAAAGAAACUUUUAUUCAGGCUAUUCAAUUUGCAGAUUAUGCACCAUUUCAAAGUUUUUAUUAUUACAGGUUUCUAGGUGUGCGAUGUGCUGUACUUGAUAUUCUUAGAAGAAAAAAAAAACAUCGUCGAACAAUUCGUAUAGCCUUUAAAUAACACCGACAUCAGUCACGGAUCCAGACGCACCUUGCACGUACUGAUCUUCCCGACCUGGUCAUGCAUGUCCUGCUAAGGCGGUCAACUUCUUCAGUGGUGACUUUUCGUAAGUACUUGAAUCAGUCUCGCGCUCAUCUUCCAGUUGUUGUAUGUCCUGUAUUUUGUUGAUGACCAAACUGUUGUCAUCCAUUGCAACAGAUAAAGGGAAAAAGUUUUAAUGCCACAAUACACUUGAACAAUGUUUUUGGAAUUUAAUUUAUGCAAAAAUGUUUUCGCUUUUUAAAAAGAUAACAAAUAGCAUGACAUAUGCUCUUGAUGAAGAUAAACUGAGUGCUCUCAGCUCAUUGAUGGCCUGGGAAAGUGCAUAGCUUGACAGCUGAGUGGUCUUAGCAGUGAUUGGAGUAGCCGUUGAUGAGUAGUCAGGAGUUGCUUGCUCUAAAUUAGGCUUUAUAUUACCUUGGCAUGUUCUUUUUGCUUCGGCCAAGAGGAGACAGCUCUUAGUAAAGAUCCCACUUUAUCUUGAGUUGUUUCAUUUCUUAUAGUUCGUUUUUAAACAGCUCGUAAGUUCUCUAUCCAGUCCCUCAUCACAACUUCAUCUUCUUUUGUCGCUGUUUGCACCGCUGGGAGAGACUCUUACAUUAUAGUUCAGGGUGCUGACAAAGCCAUGAAAGUUUCAGGCACGGCACAAUACGUGACUUUUCGUGAGUGCAGCCAACUUCGAAUUCGUAGUUCUUUUGAUAGAUUCCUUUAAUAUGCUUGUAAAGUCUUGAGCGUAGUUCAAAGUGCAAAUGCCUCAUGCUCGAGAUUAGAUUUCCACCUUCUUUGCCAGAAGUGUUAAAAGCUCAACUUGGUCUGCGAACACAGGAAUUAUAGAACUGAUAUUUUCCGUCAGUCUGUGCAUCCUAUUGCGUAUCAGGAGGAGAGAAUCUUGGGUUUUACCUCUGGACCAUUUGAAGCGCUAGAUCCAAUGAUAACAGUGACACAGGAGUGACAGUUUUUUUCUCUGGGUAGUGAUGUUUAACUUGACUAUCCAUAACCAAAGAAACCAUAAAAAUCCUGUUAACAUUAGAAGAUGAAUUAUGGGAUUAAUUGUCUUCAAUCAGCUCUAUCACUGAGGUUUUCCUUUUGCCUCGACCCUGGUACCUCUGAGGUACUUUUGCAUGUAGUAUAAUAUUGGUUAACAUGUCACUGGGUCAUUAGCGGGGCAGAUAAAUGUCACAGAAUACCUUAGCUGUUUCGAAAACUUUGUUGCUUUCAUUGUCAUCAACGAUCGUAUUCAGUAUAAUUAAUACAAUGUCACUUAUCUGUUAACUUUUCAUUCCUCAGUUAACUACAUACUAAUUUUAUUUUUUUGGUCAGUUAUCAGGCUAACCCCAUUAGCACCCUCUUAGAAUAUUUACAAACAGAAUAAAAUACACAGUGAUUUUAAGGAAUCUAUUAACAAGAGCAAAAAAAGCAAACUAGCUCUAAUUUACAUUACGCACAAUUUUUUACUCACUUCUCCUUCCUCCUAUUUUUUUUCACCCUCUUCCACCACUACGACGACCACCGCGACAUUUCCAUUGUAAAUUGGAUUAUUUUUUAGGGGAAUGUCAAAGUCCUCUCAAUUAGCCUGCGAGAAAAAAUGGAAAGAAUAUGCAAGCAAGACAUAAAUAACAUCAAGCGUUAUGAAUGGACAUACAUUUACUAAAAACCUCUGUUCGAAAUAAUAAUAAUAAUAAUAAUAAUAAUAAUAAUAAUAAUAAUAAUGAUAAUUUUUUUUAUAUCAAUAAUAUAUUAAUCUUAUUCAACUUUAAAAAAAUAUGUACAUAGUUUACAGAAAUAUUUGAAGUAGGGAUUAAACACUAUAUAUCCUUAAGAAUAAUAUAAAUAAUAAAAAUAGCAAUCACUGUUGCAAUAACGAUUUCGUAAAUACAUUCCUUGUGGCACAGAUGCGGUCAAUAACUCUUGCAGGUAGUCCAGAAUUUUAAAUUAAGUUUUUGAAAAUCCGUCUCUAAUAUUAAAAAGAAAACAAGUUAAAAAGAAUAAAAGUCUCGUAUUCCUAAACUCCUAAUUCUUCAAAAAAAGUUCCUCUGAAAAAUUAAAAUAGAUAAUAAUAAUAAAUAAUUAAUUCGGGCAGGCUCUAAUAUUAUCAAUCUGUAGGUCUGAAUCAACAAAGUCUAGCUGUAUUCUUCUGGAUCUUGAGCCUCUCAAGCAUAGUAUCGAAGAACGUACGAUGGUGAAAGAUACUUUAGCUCUCUUA